AUGGCCGGGAUUUCCGAGAGCGAAUUCACGCCACACAUUUAUCCGCCUUUCCCAGUGGCAGGAAUCUCCGUCGCCUCUCUCCCAUCGUUCAAACUGUCUGAUCUCGCGCAGUCGCUUUCCCUUGACUCAGGCUCGGACAGGAGAAAACAGCUCCUCCGAGCCUGUCACACAGACGGAUGUUUUUACUUGGAUGUUGGAGGAGAUCAACAGUCCCGCAAAGGCAGCCUGAUGAAGGACGCGGAGUCGUUGGUAAAGCUCCUACAGCCCAUCUUCAAGCUAUCCCAGGACGAGAAGGACAAGUACUCGCCGUCAGAUCCGUUGGCGCUGUUCGGUUACAAAAAGACCGGUGUCACUGUUGUUGAUGCCGACAAUACUCCUGACUGUGCCGAGUUCUUCAAUCUUUCCAAGGAUGAUCUUUCCCGCGCACGCAAAGCAAGAUCCCAAUGGGAAGACCAAGACUCCUUCCGUGCAUCGCAGCCAGAACCAGCACCAGCAGCAUCGACGAGGCUCGAACCUCCUGUCUUGGCCUGGCCACGAAUCGUCCAUGAUCACCAAGACCGAGUCGCCCGCUUCAUGUGCGAGUGUCACGAAAUCUGCUUGCGCGUGUUGGACACGAUUUGUACCGAAUAUGGCUUUCCUCCAGCGACUUUGCGCAAUCUGCACAACUUCACCGGCACGUCGGGGGACCAUCUCCGGCUGAUUCGUGGUCCGGCUGGUGUGGGACAACGACAAGAACAACAACGACAACAAGAAGAAGAAGAAGAAGGAGAAGAAGAAGAAGGAGAAGAUGAUGAUGAUGAUGAUGAUGAAGAACACUGUCCCCAACAAAUUCAUACGCCCUCACAUUGCGACUUCGGCACCGUCACCCUUCUGUUCAACUGGCUUGGGGGCCUGCAGAUCGAGCAAGACGGCGAGUUCAAAUGGGUCAAGCCAGUACAUGGGCAUGCUAUCGUUCUUGUAGGCAGUGCGCUGGGCCGGUUCACUGAGAAUCAAAACUCGGGGAUUUCUUGCCAUCCAGUCAAGCAUAGAGUCGUCUCGGCCCCCGGUGCUCACGGUCGAUUUCCCCGAUAUGCGAUGGCAUACCUUCUCAGGCCUGAAGAUGAUGUCUUGAUAAAGCCGCUAGAUCUGGCUCCACCGCUGUUUGGCGCGAUGAGAAGUUCCCAAGGGGAUCUCUUGAGCCUUGACCGAGAUGGGCAGGUGGAGGUGGCACCCAACACGGCGAAAGAGUGGAUCAGGAGCAAGGCUAGGGAGCUGGGCAUUGGUGAAACACAGUCAGAUGAGUUAGAAACUUCGAUCAUGGGAAGGAUAUGA